AGAAUUGCAACUUGCUGACGUCCCGGGUAAUCAUGUGAUUAGAAGCAGCUCGUUCCCAGGGUUCAAUGAGAGCCUUUUGCCCCACCCCAUCUCUUCAGCGCUAUCUAUCUCAAUGUACAAUUCCCAGAGAAAGGGGGCAAAAGCCUAAUAAUACCCCGAAUAAACCGAUUUUUCGGCGUCUUUUCGGGAGCGGGCACGGCCUGUUGAUGAAGAGAUCGCUGUCAUAGGGGUGGGGGGGAUCGCUUCUGGCGAGCUAUGGCUUCUUCAUGUAUGUAUGUGCACAUGUAUAUCGCCACCCGAUUUCAGAAGGAAUUCAAAGCUUAAGGACUGACAUACGGCUAUACCUGCGAAGAGCCCUGAAAUACGGAAGGAUUUCCAGCAAAUUCGAUCAAAUCGGACGAGCCGAAUAAAACCGAAAAGGAGCGGAAAGGGGGAUCGGUGACCGCUGCCGGGGAAGCUUUCGGAUGUGAGGAGAAAUACAAAACUGCAGCCACAGAAAAAAAAAGACCGAGAAGGGCCUUUUUUGGAUUCGGGCAAACCCAGCAAGCAAGAACCGUCGCAAAAAGGGGGAGGAAAAAAUAAAUUUCUGGGCAAAAAAACUGAAUUUGAAAGACACUGUGGGAUCAACUGGAUCUAUUCGUGGAUUUUAAAAGGUUCUUACCAAACGUGAGCCAGGCAAAAAUGAUCCACAUUCCGUCAUUUUAGUGGGAAUAUUUAUUUUUUAUUUUUUUCAAGGCUCUCUCUGCUGUUCGUGCCUCUGUCUCCGAGUGCUGGUAGACAGAUUGGAAAGAAAGAAAAGCAAAAAAAAUAACGUCCUUCGUUUUCGGACCUCUUGAAUUUUUUAUAUUCCCCUUUCUUACACUUACAUUUCAGGAAAUUCUUGUUUCGUGCAGGAUAAGUAGAUGGAUUCGCCGCAGGAAAUUUGCUAAAUCGGUUGUGUCGGGAUAUCUGUUCACCGGGAAAAGGCGUCGCGAGUGUCCCGGUAUUACUGCCGUUUGUCAUUUCGCGGAGAAGCCGAGGAUGCCGGCGGCACAUUUAAUGCCUUUAAAUGCAUAAAAUGUGUGCCGUGUGAUUUAAAAAAAAAAAAGCAAAAAAAAUAAGAGUAAUUAACCGUGCAGGAGGGCGGCCCGGCUUGUCGUCAUCGGCACUGCCACCCUUUCCCCACAGACUGAUACAUUUUAGGCAAUUUCACGCAGUUAACAGUAAUUACGUUACCAAAACGGCAUCGUUCGCAGAGUCCGCUGGCUUAACUUGGCGAAAGGCGAUAUAAAUGUCACAAAUCUUUGGCGGGGCGUUAAAUUGGUGGGCCAGCCUAGGGAUUUAGGAAUAGUUUAAUUUUUAUUUUAUCAGCCCCCUCCUCCUUCCCCCCAUCCCACCCCACACCUCUCCCUCCCAUCCACCCCCCCGUCUCCCUUCCUUCUCCUCCUCCUCCUCCCCCCCGAACCCGGUACCGGGGUUUUAUUUUAUUUUUUUUUGGGAAGAUGGGUUGUUUGGGCAACGGUAAGACCGAGGACCAGCGAAACGAGGAGAAGGCGCAGAGGGAGGCCAACAAAAAGAUAGAGAAACAGCUGCAGAAGGACAAGCAGAUAUACCGGGCCACACACCGGCUGCUCCUGCUCGGGGCUGGAGAGUCGGGAAAGAGCACUAUAGUGAAGCAGAUGCGGAUCCUGCAUGUCAACGGCUUCAACCCAGAAGAGAAAAAACAGAAAAUUCAGGAUAUUAAAAAUAACAUUAAAGAAGCUAUAGAGACCAUUGUGGCCGCCAUGAACACUCUGGCGCCGCCAGUCCAGCUCGCCUGUCAGGAGAACCAGUUUCGGAUCGAGUACAUCCUCAACUUAGCGAAUCAGAAGGACUUUGAGUUUCCCUCUGAGUUCUACGAGCAUACGAAGUGCCUGUGGCAGGACGAGGGGGUGCGAGCCUGCUUCGAGAGGUCAAACGAGUACCAGCUGAUAGACUGCGCACAGUACUUUUUAGACAAGAUUGACAUUGUGAAGCAGUCCGACUACACUCCCUCUGAUCAGGACCUGCUGAGAUGCCGAGUUCUGACUUCGGGGAUUUUUGAGACAAGAUUUCAGGUGGACAAAGUCAAUUUCCACAUGUUUGACGUGGGGGGCCAGAGGGAUGAGCGGAGAAAGUGGAUCCAGUGUUUUAAUGAUGUCACAGCCAUUAUUUUUGUGGUGGCCAGCAGCAGCUAUAACAUGGUCAUCCGGGAAGACAAUCAGACCAACCGCCUUCAGGAGGCUCUCAACUUGUUCAAAAACAUCUGGAACAACAGGUGGCUACGGACCAUUUCUGUCAUCCUCUUCCUCAACAAGCAGGACCUACUGGCCGAGAAGGUUUUGGCAGCCAAAUCGAAAAUCGAGGAUUAUUUCCCAGAGUUUGCGCGAUACAUAACCCCAGACGAUGCAUCACCCGAACCAGGGGAGGAUCCACGAGUUACCAGGGCAAAGUAUUUCAUCCGAGACGAGUUCCUGAGGAUCAGCACAGCCAGUGGGGAUGGGAGGCACUACUGCUACCCGCAUUUCACCUGCGCUGUCGACACGGAGAACAUCCGCCGCGUCUUCAACGACUGCCGGGACAUCAUCCAGCGGAUGCACCUGCGGCAGUACGAGCUCUUGUGAUGGGAGCAGGGUGGGGAAAGACAGGCUCGGCCUCCAGACAGCCCCCCCGCCCCGCCCCACCGCUCUAACCUCCCCGCCCCCCUCCCCUCCUCAUUCUGUGCUCUCCUGAGGACGACUUUUCUUGAAGUUUCAAUAAAGUCAAAUACGGCCCAAUUUAAAUAGACUCCAACAUGCAGCAACUACAAAAAUGAGAGACAAAAAGAGACAAAAGCCAGAACUGCAGAACUCCAAGCACUUUCCCCACUGCGCUCAGGACUGUAACACACAAACACACACACACACAAACACACACACACACACACACAGAGCGGUACUCUAAACCCUAUUCUUUCCCUUGCAAGGAGCCGUCUGGCCACAAAACCCCACAUUUCCCCUCAGUCAGCACACAGCUUUGUGGGGCACAUAAAAACUGUCACACAUGCAACGCUCUGAUACCCACCCACCCACACACACACACACACACACACAGGCUCUCAUUCUGUCCUGAUGGGCCCAGGCCGCUGUCUGGCCGGCCGGCUCCUCUUCCUCUGCGCUCCCUGAGACGGCCGCCGCUGCCAGGAGGAGUCUGACAGCGUGAAUAGGAGAAUGGGCAGGAGCGUAAAGCCUUUGGGAUGAGGAGUGCAGGCCGGGGCUUCAGCGCAUCGGCAGCAGAGGAGGAGAGGCAUGGACAACCGCGCAUAAGCGGAAUACACGCAGUGCAAAAAAAUAAUAAAAAAACCAACAAAAAAAUUGACGAUAUAGAUAUUUAUGUG